AAUGCUAGCCGUUGGAUUGGAUUCAAAGAAGCUGAUCGGAGUGCUAGGGGCGUGACACGUGGCUUCUUUCCGUUAGAGCUGGCGUCAGUGCGCUGGUUCAAAUUUUUUUUACCAUUGACGCGUGUUGAACUGGCCUUCGAGUUAGCCCGAAUUGAUGGAACCCACUCCCAACCCGAGCUUGGACUCACCGUUGGAACGAAUUUUUUUUUUUUUCCCCAGCCUUGGCUCAGCUGCUCAGUGGAGUUGCUCUUACGGUAGGCCACAGGACAAACGUUUUGCACGCACAUGUACGGAAUCUUUCCUAGUCGUCCAACUAUCCGCGUGUGGACUUCUGGAUCUUAAAAGACUGCAACUCCAGACCUUUGGCUUCCCCUUCCGUUCCUUUCCUUCUCUCCCUCUAGUCUUCGCCUCCGAGCGACUCUCUCUUUUUCUGCGUCUCUCUGAAUGUUGUGAGGACUGAGAAAAAAACAGUGGAAAUGGAGAGGUACUUGAAGGACUUCGAGGUGGAGAACAAGAAUCCUUCGGAGGAAGCUAUUCGGAGAUGGAGAAAAGCCGUCGCGGUCGUCAAGAACCCUCGCAGGAGGUUCCGCUACGUCGCCGAUCUCGCUAAGCGGUCCGAGGCCGAGAAGAAGAAGCUUCAAAGACAGGAAAAGAUUCGAGUUGCUCUUUAUGUUCAGCAAGCAGCACUGCAUUUUAUUGAAGCUGGUGCUGGUGAUCGAUCCAAUGAAAAGCCAGGACAGGAUGAAUACAAGCUGUCUGAAGAUGCCAGAACUGCAGGUUUCAGCAUUCACCCAGAUGAACUUGCAUCUAUCAUGUGUGGCCAUGAUAUUAAGGCCUCGAAAAUGCAUGGUGCUGGUGAUCGAUCCAAUGAAAAGCCAGGACAGGAUGAAUACAAGCUGUCUGAAGAUGCCAGAACUGCAGGUUUCAGCAUUCACCGAGAUGAACUUGCAUCUAUCACGUGUGGCCAUGAUAUUAAGGCCUUGAAAAUGCAUGGUGGAAUUCAUGGGAUUUUAAGGAAAGUCUGUGUCUCGCUAGAUGAAGGUGUCAAGGAUAGUAACAUACCAAUCAGGCAAAAUGUUUAUGGCCUAAACCGCUAUACGGAGAAACCUCCCGGAACAUUUUUUAUGUUUGUAUGGGAAGCCCUACAAGACUUAACAUUAAUUAUCCUUAUGGUAUGCGCUGUGGUUUCAAUAGGAGUUGAAAUUGCCACUGAGGGUUGGCCAAAAGGCAUGUACAAUGGUGUGGGAAUUUUAACUAGUAUAGUUUUAGUGGUUAUGGUUACUGCUAUUAGUGACUACAGACAGUCGUUGCAAUUCAAGGAUUUGGACAGGGAGAAGAAAAAGAUUUUUGUUCAGGUCACUAGGGAUAAAAAAAGACAAAAAGUUUCCAUUUAUGACUUGGUUGUUGGAGAUAUUGUCCAUUUGUCAAUUGGGGACCAAGUUCCAGCUGAUGGGAUUUUCAUAUCAGGAUACUCUUUGCUGAUUGAUGAGUCAAGCUUGUCAGGUGAGAGUGAGCCGGUCAAUGUAUAUGAAGAGAAGCCUUUUCUUCUUUCAGGAACUAAAGUGCAGGAUGGGUCAGGUAUAAUGCUGGUGACAACAGUUGGUAUGAGAACUGAAUGGGGAAAGUUGAUGGAAACUCUGAGUGAAGGAGGAGAAGAUGAGACCCCACUGCAGGUAAAGCUGAAUGGUGUUGCUACAAUUAUUGGUAAAAUUGGUCUGAGUUUUGCUGUGUUGACAUUUUUGGUAUUGGCAGUAAGAUUUUUGGUGGAAAAAAUACUUAACAACGAGAUCACUGAUUGGUCUUCAACUGAUGCAGUAAUCCUAUUGAACUACUUUGCUAUUGCGGUAACUAUAAUUGUUGUUGCAGUUCCCGAAGGAUUACCAUUGGCAGUGCCGCUGAGCCUUGCUUUUGCUAUGAAAAAAUUAAUGAAUGAUAGGGCACUAGUAAGGCAUCUCUCAGCAUGUGAGACAAUGGGUUAUGCUAGUUGCAUUUGCACAGACAAAACAGGGACAUUAACCACAACCCACAUGGUAGUUAACAAGCUAUGGAUAUGUGAAAAAACUUUAGAUGUAAAAGGUAAUGAGAGUAAAGAAAUAUUGAGUUCAGAAAUAUCUGGAGCAUCAAGCAUCCUUUUACAGGUUAUAUUCCAAAAUACAAGCUCUGAGGUUAUUAAGGAAGAUGGAAGGACCUCCAUUUUGGGGACACCAACAGAGUCGGCAUUAUUAGAAUUUGGUUUACUUUUGGGUGGCGAUUUUGAUGCCGUGCGCAGAGAGGUUAAUAUUCUUAAGGUUGAACCUUUCAAUUCUGUGAGGAAGAAAAUGUCUGUGCUUGUAGCUCAUCCUCAUGGUGGUAAACGCGCCUUUUGCAAAGGUGCAUCAGAAAUAGUAUUGGGAAUGUGUAACAAAUUUAUUGACUUUAAAGGAGAAUCUGUUAUUCUCUCCCGAGAACAGGUAAAGAAUAUCACAGAUGUCAUUAAUUCUUUUGCUUCUGAAGCCUUGAGAACGCUCUGCUUGGCUUUCAAAAAUAUAGAUGACUCUUCCAUCGAAAAUGACAUCCCAGAUGAUGGCUAUACAUUGAUAGCAGUUGUCGGUAUCAAGGAUCCUGUGCGCCCUGGGGUAAAGGACGCAGUUCAAACUUGUUUAUCUGCUGGAAUAACUGUACGAAUGGUCACUGGUGACAAUAUAUAUACAGCUAAAGCCAUAGCUAAAGAAUGCGGCAUACUCACAGAAGAUGGUUUAGCCAUAGAAGGACAGGAGUUUCGUAACAUGUCUCUUGAGCAGAAGAAAGCUGUUAUACCGAGGAUUCAGGUGAUGGCUCGGUCUUUACCAUUGGAUAAGCACACCUUGGUAAAAACUCUGAGAGAUGAAUUUGGUGAGGUAGUUGCAGUGACUGGCGAUGGGGCCGACGACGCUCCUGCUUUGCACAAGGCAGACAUUAGACUUGCUAUGGGCAUAGCAGGAACAGAGGUUGCCAAGAAAAGUGCUGAUGUCGUCAUAUUGGAUGACAAUUUUAAGACUAUAGUAAAUGUGGCAAGAUGGGGACGUUCAGUGUACAUAAACAUUCAAAAGUUUGUGCAGUUCCAGUUGACAGUUAACGUUGUUGCUCUAAUAAUCAAUUUUGUUUCUGCAUGUGUCUCAGGAUCUGCUUCCCUUACGGCUGUGCAAUUGCUUUGGGUCAGCAUGAUUAUGGACACUCUUGGGGCAUUGGCACUGGGAACAGAGCCUCCAAGUGAUGGACUUAUAAAAAGGCCCUCUGUUGGUUGGGGUACAAGCUUCAUAACCAAGGCCAUGUGGAGGAAUAUCAUUGGCCAGAGUAUCUAUCAACUGAUUGUCCUUGGAGUUCUCAAUUUCUAUGGGAAACAGCUUCUUGGACUUUCUGGUUCAGAUGCAACUGAAGUUCUAGACACACUGAUAUUCAACGCAUUUGUGUUUUGCCAGGUGUUUAAUGAGAUAAACAGCCGUGACAUAGAGAAGAUAAACAUAUUCGUGGGCAUGUUUGACAGCCGGGUAUUCCUAGGCGUCGUGGUUUGCACAGUGGCCUUCCAAGUUAUCAUAGUAGAGUUCUUGGGAGCUUUUGCUAGCACUGUUCCACUAAGCUGGCAACUAUGGUUACUCUGCAUUUUACUUGGAUCAGUUAGCAUGCUUGUUGCAGUUGUGCUCAAGAACCCUUGCAGGAGGUUCCGCUUCGUCGCUGAUCUCGUUAAGCGGUCCGAGGCCGACAAGAAGAAGUGUCAAAUCCAGAUGCCCCUUCAUUCUGUCCCAGGCUCAUCAACCACAGCCUCCUUUGCUGAACCAGAAUUGGCAGAGUUUGAAGCUAUGGACCUGGAUGCUCAGCUGCAGAGGAUUGAAAAACUAGGAUCCACUCCAAGCAAAUCCAAGUCCGAAGCAGUGGAUGAGGCGGUGGACAGAAUAAAAAUCUGGCAGUCCACUGAGCUGGAUCUGGAUGAGAACAAAGAAAUUAUUGAUAAACUGAUGAAAGAUCUGGACCUGCUGCACAAGGAGAACAUGGCUUCUCGACCUAUUCUUGAGAUCAGCCUGGGUCUGGCCAGAGAUGUAAUCAACCUUCACAACCGAUAUGAAGAUCUCAAACCCUCCUUUAGUGCUUUUGAAUCCUGCAAGGCUACGCGUGAAGCCAAGCUGGUAGAAUAUCAGAAGCAGAAGUUAGAACUGGAUGCAUUGGUUGCAGACUACAAGGAGACUAAAUCCGCCGCUGAUAAGCUAGAAAAGGACAUUGAGAACCUCCAUAAGCAACUAGUUGUACUAAGGGAGAGGCAGAAGAAUCUUAGAGCUGGAUUGGGUGCGAAGACCAAGUCUAGUUUCCUUUUGCAAAGCAUGGUCGCAACUUCAAGGCAUGCACUAGAGAUUGCAGAGGCCUCCAUUCAUCAAGGAGUGCUUCUCCAGUUUGAGAUCUCCGUUAAGAAGGCUGGAUUGCAAGAGACUCUCAAGAAACUAGGCCUCUAGAAAAUAUCUAUUCUGUAAUAAAACUUAGUCAUUUAUUCAUGACAAUUAUGAAUGAAAAGUUCUAUUAAUUUCUGCCAA